AUGUCAGAAGAUAAGAUAUCGCUAAAUGGAAGCCGAACUGCAUCAGGGUCGCAAGAUAACACAGUCCGCAUCUGGGAUAUUGCCACCGGCCAGAGUAUAUCCACUCUGGAGGGGCAUUGGGGUUCGGUCUACUCGAUUGCCUGGUCGCCAGAUGGAAGCCGAAUCGCAUCAGGGUCCUUGGAUAAGAUAGAUCCAGCCACCGGCCAGAGCGUAUCAAUCCUCCCUAUCAGUCUUACCAGGUUCCUCAAGUUUCAUACCGCUGAUACGAAUUAUCUGUACACCACUACUAGUACAUUUGACAUAAGCGCAAUGGCUCUUCUAGAGCCUGUGCCUGACAGUUUCAUCCAGCCGCUCGAGAAAUACGGAUACGGGCUCAGUAAUGACCGUUCAUGGAUAACCUACAAUGGACUUAACCUCUUAUGGCUGCCCUCAGAAUACCGCCCUACUCUCGUCUCUCAUUUCACUUGGCAUGCAACCACGAUAGCUAUUAUAUGCUCAUCAAAUCGUGUCAUCUUCCUCGCACUUCCGAAACAAUGUCCCCUACAUAGCCUUUGA